AGCAUUUGCGCAUAGUCUUGCUGGGCAAGAACUCAUUCCCGCGCUCCAACCGUCACCGUCGCUCCACGGGCGAGGAAUGGCGGGACAAGGCUUUGGUGACAGUCACAUCGCACCUCAGGACGACAAGCGGUGCUUGCACCUGCGGUGUGCUGAGCCCUUCGAGAGGUUGGAGCAAACCCCCGAGAUUUCCUCGGCGUCCGAAGAGUCGGAGGAUGAGCCGCAGAUGCACUUCAUCGUCAAGAAGACAUUCCUCGAAUGCGUCCCCGACCACAGGGACGAUGUGAUGUCGAAGACCAAGAGCGAACCGAUCAAAUUUAAGGAUGGCAGGACUGCGCUGAACGACAUCUCAGUUGGAUCACGUUUGCACUCGGCGGGGUAUUGCAAGCCUUGCGCGUGGUUCUGGAAGCCAAAGGGAUGUUUGAACGGUGCGGAGUGCAGGCACUGCCACUUGUGCCCCAAAGGUGAGAUCACGAGGCGUAAACGUGAGGCCCGGCGCAACAGCCGCCAGCAGCGGCAUCUCAUCGUGCCAGCGAUCGCGACGCCCGAGAACGCCGGUGAGGCGGUCGAGCACCUUUCGGAGGGGCCGAACUUCGGCUCCCGAACCCCGAGCUCGACGCCCAGUCCCACCUGUUCGCUUCGUGACGUCAGCGAAGGCCCUUCUCCGGGCGGAGAGGGGGUUACUCCCCGGGUCUUCUUCCUCUUGGUGCCGGUGGCUGUGCCGACCUUUGCCUUCCAGGGUGAGGGGCCGGUGACACCGUAACGUGUGGAGGAGCAGACAGUCGAACACUCCGAGCCGGCUAUUAGCUCGUGCAGCAUUGGCCGCGUUUGGGUGCUUCGUGAUGAAAACGGAUCAGACCAGCCGUCUUCGUUCAGCGCUGCGUCGCUGGAGUUGGCCUGGCCACCAUCGCCUAGCCUCGCCUAGCCUCCCCGUGCGUGCGUGUCGUGAGCCAUGCAUGGAACUGGGAUUGGCGAGAUCCCGCUCGUGGCGGAAACCGAUUCGUUGUCCCCGAUGGGAGUUUUUGGCCA